UGCUACCAGCGAAAUAAAAAUACACGCUCCGUUAGUUUAGUGACACAUUCUAGUUUGUAAGGAGUGUCUUUAAAAUGUAGUGUUUUAUUGAUAAUUCGAAAUGCAAUAGUGUUCAUCAAAUUAUUAGGAUGUCAUAUAACGAAAAAUUGCUUACACAACCUGCUGAGGAGGAGAACCCACCUUGAGAAAUAGCCAAAUUGCCAUCACAAAUGUAGUGCAACGUGAGAAUAUGAUUAAAGAAUGAAAAGAUUUAGAUUUUCCAAGCUUUAAAAAGGAAUUCGAUUACAUAAUUAUUUUGCCAAAACGAAGCAAUGAGUAGUGGUAGUAGCAAAAAAAAGUGAAACGAAAAAAGAGGUUAAACAGUGCGCAACAAGCCCCGGUAAUAGUCCAAUCAUUUCGGCUAGUGGUGCGCGGAGAAAUACAAGCGUUAAUUUUCGAAACGCUCAAAAACAGCGGAAUUUUCAGCGCCGUAGGACAAGGUGAAAAUAAAGGUGAAAAGCAGUACCGUUUGCAAAGAAAAGUGGCAUAGGGGGAACAGGAAAGAAAAGUGAAAUCAAAGUACGCGAAUUGUCGUUACGAUGGCAACUUCGGUGAAUAGUCGAAGUGAGUCAACCGGUGGCAUUCUGGGACCCCGGAAGACGUUGAUCAUUAUGGUAACAGUGGUAGGAUGCAUUGCCAUCCUGUGGCCGAAAGUCUUCUACCCGAUGAUGGUUGGCCCUGGACAGACUAAAAAUGUCAUCAAGGAUCAUCGCGGACCAGGUUGUUGCGAUGUAGUGUUAGACCAGGAAACUUUUGCCAACAUGUCCAUCGUAGCUUCAAACCAACAAAAUCUAUUCCGGAAACGGAACAUCGGACCGGUGGUGGAAGAUAUCAGCAUACGGCAAGAACGGCCACCGCAUCUUCGACCCGAAACGAUACAUCCGGCCAUGCGGGAGCGUGGCCGGGCUAUUCCACAGGCAGGAUCUAUUCACAGCGAGAGACCAUCUUCACCGCCAAGGAUAGUGGAGGGAAGACCCGGUCCCAUACCUGGUAUGCGCCCGCCUAUGGGAGCUGGAUCACAUCAACCGACAAAAUCCGCCAAUUCAAUGGGUUUCAUAAUGCCACUUUAUACCAUCGGUAUAGUUUCAUUCUUCAUCUACACAAUACUGAAACUCGUAUUCAAAAAAACGCCAACCGCCCCUUAUCCGGAGAUUAAACCAGAUCCGGCCUUCAGGAAUGAGGUCUUCUCGACUGAACAAACGUACAUCAAACGGCCUGACAGUGGAAACACGAAGCUAGGCCAGCCGAUCUCAGGCACAGAGAACGGUGUUCCUGCUUCAGCGGUUCCAGUGCCCUGUACCGGCAACGGUCACUCGGUGCAGGCGGAAAUAAGUGGCGACUACGAGAAGUUGGCGGCCAAAGCAGAGGAACAUCCGGCGACAGCGGAUUUACAUGCGGUAGAAUGUGAGCAAAAGGAUUUCUUAGAACAGGACAACAGCGUCACUCAUGCACUGGUGGAUGAACCAAAAAAUGAGCAAAAUGUUACUAGCGAUGAAUACGAUCAACCAAAAUACGAUCCUACUAUCGAGAAGGUAGACGAUGGAUUCGAUUUGCAAAGAGCUGUACAGCAUAACGACGAACAAACAAGUGGAACAAUCUUAGCAGAAGUAGCGAGUCAAGUAGUUCAAGAAGUGUUACAAGAAGCUGGAGAAAAAGUAGAUGAAGUAGUGGAAUCAGUUGCAAUAGAACUAGUGGAAAGCGUAAUUGAGCAAGCUGAAGCAUUUGUUGUUAGUGAAAGGAAAGAGAAUGAUUCUGAAAAAUCAGAGCUUGAAAUCUGUUUCAGAUCAUCCGAAUUCGAAGCACCACAAGAUACUAACGAAAAUAAAACUGCAAUUGCCGAGCCCGAAGGUUUUAAGUUGUCAGCACCAUUGCAAUGCGUACCGAAUGAAGAAAACGAAGCUCAAUUGUAUGAUAACGCAACAAUUGCACCAGAAAAUGAAAUAAAAAUUUCGAGCGUAGCAUUGGAGCAGAACAUUUCUGGAAAAGAAGAAGUUCCUUAUGUUGCGGAAGUAUCAGUAGAAGUAGCUCAAGCUACGCAAACGUUAAGCAACCAACCGGUUGAAGAAAGAGAAAUAGAAACAACUGCUUCAGAUAUUGUUGCAGAUAUACUAGAAUUGGUAGAUCAAGUAGAAGCUGCUCCAGUUGCUUGGAUCGAAUCGAAGUCUGAUACUGAAGGUGUCGAAGCUAGUGAUAUGCUACGAGAAUCGGAAACCUUCGAACCCGAAAACGCAGUUUCCGUUGAUAUGAUGAAUGAUUCUGUCUAUACACCGUCGCUCCUCUUACAAACUGAUAAUAUCGUAACAGAGAAGACUGAAGAGACAGAAACAAUUGGUACAGAGCCUAUAGAAAAUGAUUUGCAGGCGGUUGAAGCAGUUAAAGAUGCAACGGAGGGAGAAAUAUAUGCAGGGGCAGAAAGCGAUUUUGCUGAACAAAUUCAUGAUAUCGAAGCUUUCAAAACAGUAGGCCUUGAAGUUGUAGAAAAUGUUUUAGAAAAGGUGAGUGUCGUUUCCGAAUUCGCAUUCCCAGAACAGGUUACUGAAAAGGAGACGGAGGAAGUUCUUGAAAGUGUGCAAACGGUCAGUUUAUUUGCACCGAAUCAUCAAUCACCAAACAUUGAUGCCGCACAGGUUGAUAAUGCGGACUACGGUACUGUAAGUGAGAAAGAAAUACCGACUUUUGGGGAAGGAUCGAUUCCAAAUGAAUGCAGUAAAGAAGUAAAAAUAUGCGAAAUUGAACUGGAAAUAUCACCGGACGAAGAAGAAACAGCAAUCAAAACGAUUUCUUCCACGUUGGAUGAAGCUAUGGUGGAACAAGAAGAGGAACGAGAGAUCAAGGCAAUUUCGGCAGAUCUUGAAACAGAGGUUCUAGAGCAGGUUAAACCAAUCGCGGAUGAUGAAAUGGCUGGACCACCGGUAGCGUUGUCUACCGCAGAUAGUCAAAUUGAUGACCAUGGUAUCACUGCUGAUGACAAGGAAAAUAUUACAGAUGUGACUACUGAAAUCGCUCCAGAAAUUGUGGCUCCCACUGAAAAUAUUAAAGAAUCAUUACCAAGUCAAGAAGAUUCGUUUGAAACAAUCGAGGUCGAGGAAGAGAUUACAUUUGAAAUUGAACUUGAAGCAUCGCCUAAUCAAGAAGAAAUCACAAUCAGAAAUAUUUCUGCCACGAUGGAUGAAGCAGUGUUUGAGCAAAUUGAAGAGCAAGAAAUAAGAGCGAUUGCUGAAGAUCUAGUGACUGAGAUAAUAGAGCAGGCAGAACAAGUGGCGAUCGAAAAAUCUACAGCAGUAAUCACAGAAAUUUCCAACUUGGAAUGCUCGUUCGACAACCGUGUUGACUCUGACGAGACAAUUGUUCCGGUUGAAACUAACAAAGAUGUUUCAGAAGUGAUGAUUUCCACUAAAUCCCUAAGUGAUUUAGAGGGUCAGUCUGAAGUGAAGCCGACUGAGUUUGCGUCAUCGGAUUUUGACUCUCAAGUACCGAGUAAAAUGCCAGAAACUUCAAUGACAGUCACUGAAACUUGCGAGAUCGAAAAGGGAUCCACGAAUUUGUCACCUUCUAUCAACUCUGAAAUAGAACCAUGUGUUGCGAAGAACUUUGACAACGCAGACAAGAGCAAAGAGCCUCCAUCAUAUGAGUUAUUAUCGCAACAUACCGAACCUUGUUCCUCAGAAAUAGAACCUACUGGUGGGCAGACAACGGUGGAAACACCAAUGAAAAAGCAUGUUACUUUUGUUUUAUCCGAUUCUUCGGAUCAGUCAUCCGUGACCGAGAACUCAUCAGAAUCCUCAUCGCCUGGCGAAUAUCCACAUAAACUCGACGACUUUCCCGUUCAAGAAUCAGCGACAGCAAAACUAGCUGCUGACGAGCCAGCAUCUGAGAAGCCUACUCGCAUAGAUGAAGUAACAGAAUCCCAAGAAAAGGAUACUACAUGUGUAGAAACUGUGCAACAAACAGAAGAAUCAUCUGUGUUGGUGAAAGAAACCGUUCAACCUUCUGUUGUGCUAGAAAGCGAAUCCAAAGCUAUCGAUAACCGUGAUCUUGAACUAGAUAAAUGCGAAGCAAUUAAAAAGUCUGAAUUGUCUGUUGCUGCUGAUCAUGAACAAGCGGAUGAGCUCUCGAAGGAAAAUAUAUACUCAAAUGUCCAUCAAGUUGUGGAAUGCGUGGUUGAGCCUGUUUUAAAAACGGAAAAAGAUUUAUCAGUUAAAUCUGAUGAUACUGAACAAGUAGAGGAUGCAAUGGAUACGAACACAGUUACGGCUUCGAGUUCCAGUACCAUCGAAGAAGUCAUAAUUAGCCAACCUACUCAGACAGCUGCUGUGAGCGAAGUAGCACCUGAAUCGGACAACACUUCAUCAGCGGUCCCUUUCAUGGAACGAUGCGUUACUGCUGUAGAAGUCAGUGAUUGCGUAGACAUAACUUCCGAUGAUGCUAAACUAUUGGAAACAAAACCACCACGGAUGACACUUGCAACUACUACAAAAGUAGAUGACUCGGUUAAAAAAUACAACGAGGAGCAGACUGAACUUUUGAUUGAUGACGAAAAACCGGGAGCUAGUUCUUCAGAAGAAUUUGUUGCGCUAAUAGACGAGGAAAUAGUAGAACCUUGCAUAUCUGCCACCACGAAGGAACUGGAAGCUACCGUGGAGAACGAGCAGACUUACACUAUUCCAGAACACGAGACUAGUGAUAAUCAGACUACCGAAAUAUUUUCUUCUGAUGAACCAAUUCAACCCGCAUUUCAAGAAAAUCUUUCUACGGAUGAAGCAAAACCUGCAUCUUUCGAGAAAUUAAUUCCUGACAAUGGGCCGCCAGAGCAUGUUGCCGAAUCGCUUACUGAUGAGAAACAAGCAGAAAUUAUUAAAGAGGUUUCAGUGGAAGAUAUCCCCUCUCAUAUUGAUACGAGUGUUGAGCAGUCCUUGACUGUAGCAACAACCGAAGUUAUGGUUGAAUCAGUCGAUGAGACACAGAAACAAGACUUUGUGCAUAAUCUAGAACGGCAAACAGAUUUGCACGUCCAUCCUGAAGAACAGGAUAAAACUGAAGAGGAAACUGUUCCAGAGUCCAUAAUCACUACCGAAGAUUUGAACGACACUCGAUCGAAUGAUCCUGUGAUUUAUAACGGCGACGAAACUUCUGCUGAAGUAGUUGUUUUCAGUGAUGACACUGCAGAAUGCCAUUCCGAAAAAAUGACUGAACCCGAUACAGCGACUCGUUCUACGGAAGGGCUAACCAUAGAAGAAAUUGUUGACGACAAUGUGACCGCAACCGAAGAAGGUAAAACAAUCGACGAGUUUAUCAUCAAACUUGACGUCGAAAAGAUUGAUACUUCGGAGAUAAUUUCGGAAGUCGUUGAAGAGAGCAUCGAAAUUCCUUGUACGACGAGAGGUGCAACUAUUUUGGACGUAAUUUCCGAAAACCAAGAAGAACUUCAAACUACCGAGCCUGAUGUAGUGGCAUCCAGCGAUACCACUUCUAACGAACAGGAAACAGAAGAGACGGACAACCGAGAGGCAGCCGGAAAGGUGGUGCCAAAGUCCAACGGGCACUUAGUCGAAACAUUGGAUAGCACUAUUGAGAGCGAUACAAACGAGGAUGAACAACAGAAUCGACUUCCGGAUACGGACGAGGAAGCACCAACAAAGACCGAAAAGCAACACCAGCAUGAAACUGGCGCUGUGCCUAAGAAACGUGAACCUAGCGAAGAUCGUGGCACCUUGAAAGUGAUACCCAUGGAAAAGAAGGCCAAGUACGAGAUGGGUAGGCAGAGCAGUCGCCCUGGUACCCCGUUGCAAUCUGUUACACUAGAUUCGGCGCUCGUCGAAGCAGAAGCAUCUGACUCAAAGUGUAUUCUAUUGGAUUCGAAAGCACCACAGACAUCGAAAGUUGUUGUCGCAGAUCCCGACCUUUCCAUUGAGACCUUAGAUGCCACCCAUAAGCAUGAUGAAGAAGCGCCUUUUGACUUAAACCUGAUAGUCGUAUUCGAGUCGGUAUCGAAUCUGAACCAAGGUCGGAGCUUGGAACUUAACGUACUGUUAGGAUCUGAACCGACCACGGUUGUACAUCCCUCAUCAGCAGCAAACCGAGUAGCGUCUCCGACCAAGGAGGUGGUACUCAGUGGAAAAAUGAAACUUUCGCUUGUUAAACUGGACGACAACGAUAAAAGUUCAAGCAGCGCUACGGUGACAGAAGUUAAGGACAGCGCUGAGGAAAAAGACGAUACAUCCCGUGAACCGCUGAGCCCAAUGAGAGGAAAUGGGGUAAAUUGAUGGAAACAAUUUAAGAUUGGGCUUACGAAAGUUAGUUGCGAACAGGAGAAUGAUUGCAUGAGUCUCUUCUCUUAGGAACUUAUCGCAAGAGCACAUUAGAUGGAAAGGGUUGAUAUCGGAUAUCUAUAUCACUAUCCCAUUUCUAUUGACUGAGAAAAGCAGACACGCGUAUGUUAGGACAAACUAUGCGACAUCUGCUGAAAAAAAAUGCGGCCAAAUUAUUAAUGAAUUAUUUUUACAUCUUUGAGUAGGUUGUAUCGUAGUUUUCCUGUACAUGUUUAUGCGACACUGUAACUUUGGCUCAAUUUUUCGGGACAUCUUUCGUCCAAAAACACGGCUAAGCUAUAUACUUACAUGCUAGACUUUAAAACGUCCCUAUAUUCUAUUAUUGUCAGUUUUUAUUACGUUCUUCCAAUAUGAUAUGGUUGCAAUCAACACUCGUAUAGAUUUCGUAUAGAGGAUCUAUUAUAACCAACAAUACUCUUAUCUGUUGUCUUGCUUAAGUUGAUCACCCAAGCUCAGUCCAGUUAAUAUAUACCUAUUUCAGAUAAAUUGUAUACUAUAUACAACAGCUGCAUUGUAUGACCGUUUUUAGCUCAGGCCUCGGUUGAAAUAGCCUCAUAUAAAUUGUUACCAUUAUAUGGCAGAUAUUCUGCUAAAAUAAAUGAGUAGUUUGUGAAGUUUCACUUAACUGUAACCAUGCGGUAAAAAUAAUGAGUAGCGUCUUAUUGUGUCGAUGCAAGUGAAAUAAUAAAUGAAAUUAUGUUACACUA